AUGCUAAACGGUGAUCUAGAUGAGAAAACAUCCUCACUUCGUGAGACUUCGGGAUCUGCAUCACAUUUAGCUCAUUUAUUCGACAAGGCUAAAAAAACUGAAAUUUUACGUUGGUAUUAUUAUAGUGAGGAAUUCGAAAAAAAGGUCAGAGAUAUUAGCUCAGAAAAUGAAAUUAAUAAUCAAAUGGCAAGAACACAGAUUUACAAUGAAAUGGAACCGUAUCUUCCUGGUAUCAAGAGAGAGUAUUUGCGUAAGAAGACUCAAAAGGCAAGAAAUAUUUAUACAUUAUUCAAAGAAAUAAGAAUAGAUAAAAUCAAGCAUAUUACAUAUAGCGCUGACGCUAUUUCUAGUUUAACUGGUGUUCAAAUUCAAAAUAUAAUAAAUCUUUUAUCUGAGAAACCUAAUAAUCUUCACGCGCACGCGCACGUGACCGAACCAUUCCAAGGAAACGAUCAAGAUUUGAAGAAAUGUUCAGAAGCCAAGAAUAAUCUGAGCCACGACCGUGCUAUUUUCCGCAAUAAAGCAUUGGAACAAUAUCCUGAUUUAUAUUAUGAAUUCAGUAGUGAAAAUGUUGAUUAUUACGGAAUUACUGCCGAGAUAUUAUGUCCUUUAUGCAAGUUAGACCAUGAUGAUGAGGAAGACAUAGAAGAUAUGUCCAAGACUGAUAAAAUACUAACUUUCGAAUAUCUGGAUUGGCAUGCCAAAUUAACUGGGUUACCAAGUGUUUUGACAGAUAGGAUUCGGUAUAGCUUAUACAAAAAAUAUAAAAAGAAACUGGGUAUGAGCCAUGGCAUAUUAUCAGAAGCGCAUGCAUCAGAAACCAGCCUUCUCAUAAAUUCGAAGCCAGAAAACAAAGUAUCCUAUUUAUCUUUUUCUGAACAAUGUGAAGAAAAAGGGCCCAUCACUUUCGAAGCCAGACCCGAUCCAGAAUUAAUUAUCAAAUCUGUGUUAGAGCAUUUCACAUACCUGAAAUUCCGAAAUAGUUUCAGAGGGAUUGAUAAUUAUAAUUUUGCAUCAACUCAGCCGUGGAGCUCACCAUGCCCUAUUUGCAAUGGAAAACAUGGAAAUUAUGGAUUACAUGGCUCAUGGUACCACAAAAAUGGGAAGCAGUUCCCUUAUGAUCCUGAAUUAGCAAAAUUGUAUUCCCAAGAUAAGUUGGAAUAUUGUCUUACCUGCAACACUUCAAGCAAUAAACUCAAGUUCGCAAUUGUAGCUUAG